GACGCAGGGCGGGGGCGUGUCCGAGAUGCGCGCUGCGCAAGGCUGCUUGUUGUUCCCGCAGAGAGGCGAGAAGAUGGCGGCCGUGUCAAGCGGAGGUGCUGCUGGGUCCACUGCGGCCGGGAUUACGCACCCUGCCCGACCGACCCACGCAGUAAUAGGCUCCCAGAACCGAGCCCAGCCAUCCUCCGGGAUUAGCCACUCCAGUCGCACCGGCACGACCACUGGGUGCAUCACCAAUCCUGGGCACUCUUCGGCCACCAGGCCCCCCCCAGCCCGAGUGGGCCACUAUGAAAUUGAGCGGACCAUCGGCAAGGGGAAUUUCGCGGUUGUUAAACUAGCCACGCACAUCAUUACCAAAGCAAAGGUGGCUAUAAAAAUAGUGGAUAAGACUCAGCUGGAUGAUGAGAACCUAAAAAAGAUCUACAGAGAAGUGGAAAUCAUGAAGUUACUGAAGCACCCCCACAUCAUACGCCUCUACCAGGUGAUGGAGACAGAGCGGAUGAUCUACUUGGUCACAGAAUACGCCAGUGGUGGAGAGAUAUUUGACCACCUGGUGGCUCACGGACGUAUGGCAGAAAAGGAUGCCAGAAAAAAGUUCAAACAGAUUGUUGCAGCGGUCCACUUCUGUCACUGCCGCAACAUUGUCCAUCGAGACCUGAAGGCUGAAAACCUGCUCCUGGAUCAUAAUCUCAACAUCAAAAUUGCAGAUUUUGGCUUCAGUAACCUGUUUUCCCGAGGCCAGCUAUUGAAGACAUGGUGCGGCAGUCCGCCAUAUGCUGCACCAGAGCUUUUUGAGGGGAAGGAGUACGAUGGUCCCAAAGUAGAUAUAUGGAGCUUAGGUGUGGUGUUGUAUGUGUUGGUGUGUGGCGCCCUGCCUUUUGAUGGCAGCACGCUACAAAAUUUGCGGGCUCGUGUCCUCAGCGGCAAAUUCCGUAUUCCUUUCUUCAUGUCAACAGACUGUGAGUACUUGAUCAGACACAUGUUGGUGCUGGAGCCCAGUCGAAGGUUGACUAUGGAGCAGAUCUGUAAGAACAAGUGGAUGAGACAAGGAGACCCUGACCCAGACUUCGAUAGGUUGAUAGCAGAGUGUGUACAAGUGAAGACAGAGAGAGAAACAGAGCUCAUCAACGAUCAGGUGCUGUUGGCCAUGUCUGAGAUGGGCCUAGACAGAGAAUCCACAAUUCAGUCUCUACAAACAGAUGCAUACGAUCACUACAGUGCCAUCUACAGUCUGCUGGCUGACCGUCUCAAGAAACACAAGACUCUGCGAGUGGCUCAGCCCACACCACGUUCCAUUAGUUAUCCCCUUAAUGCUGUACAGCAGACAGAUCCACAGGGUAAUCCAGUUAGCAUGACCGUUCCUCAUGUCCAGCUCAUCAAUCCAGAGAACCAGAUUGUUGAGCCGGAUGGCAGCAUGACACUGGACAGUGAUGAAGGAGAGGAACCAUCUCCUGAGGCCAUGGCUCGCUACCUCUCAAUGAGGCGGCACACUGUGGGUGUACCAGACCAAAGGACAGAGAUGCAGGAGGACCUGCAGAAACUACCACCAGGUUUCCCCCGUGGUGUAGUGCCCCAGCCCCCGUUCCCACCCUUGGUGCCCACAAUGGGCCAAAUGCAUACACUCAUGCCAACACAGAGCCUGCAGCCCACACAGCAACUGGAAUACAAGGAACAGUCGUUGCUACAGCCACCCACCCUGCAGCUUCUCAACGGCAUGGGUCCGUUAGGUCGACGAGCGUCCGAUGGAGGGGCUAACAUACAACUACACGCUCAGCUGCUCAAGAGGCCCAGAGGGCCUUCACCACUGGUUGCUAGUCCGCACCCAAUCCCUGCAGUCGCCCCAGUGGAUGAGGAGGGAUCAGACGGAGAGCCGGACCAGGAGGCGGUUCAGAGGUACCUGGCGAACCGCACCAAGCGGCACACGACGCACGCACUCACAAGCACGUCGCAUGGCGAAUCCUCAGCAGAGUCACAGCGGCCCCAGGGCCCUCGCCAGAGGGGGGUUUGGGCCCCCGACAUACACACCCGAUGCAGCUAUAAAGACUCUAACACCCUUCAUCUUCCCAUGGAGCGAUUCUCACCCGUCAGGCGCUUCUCCGACGGCGCCGCCACCAUCCAGGCUUUUAAGGCUCAUCUAGAAAACAGCCUCAUCAAGCAACUCAAGCAGGAGUAUGAGCAGCUCCAGAAGAAGUAUGCUGUACACCAGGAUGAGCGACUCUUGGAGCACACACAACAGCAGCACAUCCUCUACCAGCAAGAGCAACAAAUUCUCCACCAGCAAAUCCAAGGUCUGUCGUUAGGCCAUGGAGAGAGCCAGCCCAGUCAUCUUACCCACCAGCUUCAGAGGUUGCGAAUCCAGCCCUCGAGCCCUCCGCCAACACAUCCCAGCAACCACCUCUUCAGACAGCCCAAUCAGAGCCCUCCGCCUGGCUCUGCAAGCAUGAUACAGGGGCAUGUAGGAGGUCCAGCAGCAGUGCAGUACCAGCAUGGUCCUCCAGCACUGUACCAGGGCCAGAGUGGAAGCCCGCCCCCUACAGGACUACAGCGAGUCACUUUACAGACCAAUCAGCAAGCACCAUCUGUGCGCCCAACUGUCCCGUUAGCGCAGGGUGUCCCUCAACAACAGCAGGUGACCAUUCAGGUUCAGGAAGUAGAACUGGGAGGAGGGGCUCAGAGGCCGGGCAGCUUUCUGUCCACGCCAGGACACAGAGUCCUGGGGAAGCAGCUGAGCGCUGACAACGCUGAGAUGCACAGUCGUAGUCUUGGACGCUUCACAACCGGCUACGAGCAGACCCAGUUCAAUCCCCACCUCUUCAGUAGUGACGCUGCUGCCACCGCCUCCCGCGGUGCCUCUGGGGUUGUGGGCUCUUUUAACCCCUACCUGCAGGCGGCCUCGCUCAAAGUCCCUGGCCUGGAGGGUUACCAGAGUGGGGCAGUGGGAAGUGGCAGCUACGGCACUCCCUCAACACUACAACAGGCCCUGCUGUCCCCAACACCUUUGGACUACCACCCUCCACAACAGCAUGUCACCCCCACCCUACAGGGCCUCCUGUCCCCCCGCCAUUCAUUAACAGGGCAUGCUGAUCCCAGGUUGCCCCCUCAAGACUUGGCCGCUCUGCUGAAGAGGCAGAAUCCGAGAUCUUGUCCAGGGCCCCCAACACAACCCAGUGGUCCGUCCCAGGAGUAUGGAGAGAGGCUCCUUCUACACCAACUGAGCCAGGGUGAGAGCUUGGAGCCAUCGGCACCACAGGGGGCCUCUGGAGGUCAGCACUACCUCCACCUGCUGCAGAUCCGACCACCUGAUGUCCAGCCACAGCCACAGCAGCAGCAGCCACCACAGCAGCAACAGCAGCAGCAGCACCCGGCCCAGGGCCAAUGCCCCAGCUUACCUCACUCUGAGAGCAUGGAGGAGGACGAGGUUCCAUCUAGUUAUCACCAACUACACGAGGGUCUGCUGACGAAAGCAGGAGAGACUCACGAGCUGCUUGGGCCUCCUCGGGGAGGAACCCCACCUUACAACUCCCCAACACACAGGCAUGCGGGUUACAUGAGGAGUCCCCCAGCAACAAGAGAGCCUGAACAUGUGGAGUGCAGACCUCCAGGGCAGGCCAUGGAGGUGCCUGACCAUAAUGGUGUUGGUUAUCCACGAGGUCCCCAGGGUGACGCUUACAGGUCCCGUGGACAGCUGCAGCGUCACCACACCAUCCAGACCUGUGAUGAUGCCUUUGAUCAGGUGGAGCCCAUGUCUGGAAUGAGCCUGUUGGCUGGAAAGGCACUGAGCUCCGCCCGCAUGUCAGACAUCCUCAGUCAGACGUCACUGACAGGAAGCCAGCAGUUGCACCAGCGUGAAGAAUCAGUGUGUGACGUUGAAGGGGAGCUGCACGCCACAGCCUGCUACCCCUCCUCCUGCACCAGUGACAUGCUCCUCAGCUACAGGCCCCCAGACCUGCAGUGCAGCAUGGAGCAGGCUGGGGUCUAGCACAGGAAAGGAUGUUACCUGUGUAUAGCAGUCGCUACAUUAUCAUCCUGAGUUGUGUUGACUUGAGUUGAGCAGCAUCACGCCAAACCACCAACGUUGUCUGCCCAUGUGGGGGGGGCACCACUGACUCCAUCCAUCUGUCUGUCUCCAUCUGUGCCCAGGGCAGGGCAGUCUGGCCAAAAGAGAGGGAAGUGUGUGUAGACUUCAGAGGUGCGCUGCAUUGGGGCGGGGGUCACAGGUGGGGUGUUUUGGGGUUCAGAAAAGGUCAAAGUGCCAGCAUUUCCUGCACAGACCUGUGGCGUUCACUGCCGCUGGUCGUCUCCUCCUCUUCUACACCUCCCCAUCACCUGCUCCCCACUCACACUCAAACCCUCCCCCAACCCCACCUGUCACCCAGGUCAAGCCUCUUCUUUCAUCUGUCGUCCUCUGUCAACUGUUGGCCAAAAGCAUUGAUACAUUCAGAAGAACAGAGUCCGAACAUAAACAACCGGUGCCAGAAACCCAAAGUAUUUACAGUGUAUGGCUGUAAUGUCGCCCCCUGCUGGUCGGCAGCAGAUCAUUCCGAAGGGGCUGAAAUCUUGAUAAAAGUUGGGCAGCCCACCUGUUAUGGCUGGGUGGCGGUUGUUUGGGAUUAGGCUUCAUCAGGCUCCAACUGGGCGACAAAUCCGAUUUUUUCUUUUCCAAAGACAGAGCUCAGUGACGUCUGACAGGACAAACCGGCUCUCAUAGAUUUUUUUUUUUUUUUGAUUUUUUUUUUUUUUUUAGUUUUUAAAUCUUAUUUUAAAAUUAAUUUACGGCUAAUGUCCACACAGACAUUAUGGUCACAAAUGUUACUCUUGUUGUUACUGUUUUCUGUACAAGAAGUUUUAUUAUAAUGAAUAUUAUUAUCCUUGUUAUUAUUAAUAUUAUUAAAGGAAAAACAAGUUCUGUGUUGCAAAGAAAAUGAAAUUGUUCUUUGAUGACUUGCGUAAAUCUGCACUUUCUGUUCAAACUUUUCUUGCUCGGUCUGUUUCACCUCAGGCUGUUAACCUGCUUUUUUACCCCCCCUUUCAAGCACCUCCCCCGGCCCUCCUCCUCCUCUCCAGAUGCUAACUUCUAACACCCUGUGUCCACCCGCCUUUAUCUCCAUCCUCUUUCCUUUUCUAUGUCAGUGAAAGUGUACUGCAUUGUGGGUAGAUUUGCCAGACAUUUGCUCCUUUCCUUGUACAGUCACGCCAUGUAUAGAACGCUAUUGUAAUUUCUGUAUUGAUUAUUUUUGUUAUUGAUGUUGUUGGGGAGGAUGUCUUUUUUUUUAAUAUUGUUAUUGUUUUAGCAUUUGUACUUUUGAAUGUUUUCAAAGAAUUCUCGUUUUUAUUUGUUUAUGUUAAAACAAAUCUUUUACGAUUUCUAGCCAAAAGAGGGCAGACUAAGAAAAGAAAGACGCUUCUCUUUCUGCCCCGUUAAGAAAAUGUAUUUUUUUUUGUUUGUUUUGUUUUUUUUUAAUAUUAUUUUAUUGAGACACUUGAAUAAGAGGAGAGUAAUUAUUUUGCGUUGCUCUUUAAAGUAUCAUUUCAGUCGUUGAUGUUGUGACCGUCACUCUUGUUGAUGUCGGGCCUGUUGACAGGGUAGUGGCAGCAGGGCUACGCUGGGUCAGGAUCUGUGCUUCGUCUGGGUUGGUUUGGGUGCUAAUAGAGACUUGACAUAGAGACAUAAGAAGAAAAGACAGGAAAUACUAGAAUAGGUUGUAAAAUAGCUGACAUAUCAUCCCAAACGUGAUGAGUGCGGACACGGACAAAGACAAUUUUUUCCCCCCUCUUCUUGCCGCCCUGAUGUGAUCCGCCCUCUUUAACCUUUACUACGCGGCUCAGCGAUCACACGAAGCAUUUCGGACAUGACCCCCUCCUCACAAGCUUACUUUGUUGCUUUUUACAAUCGAGGAAGACUCUACAACCACAGUGACUGAACCCCCCCCCCCCCCGCCCCGCUCCCUGGUUCAGUUGAACUGAUGGUGUACCCACAGCCAAACGUGAAGCGACGGACGGAGGAGGCCACUGCUACAGUUACAGUGGAAUCUGGACCCUCCUCCGUCACCAUUAGAGACAAGACAUUUAUUCCAGCAGGUGAACAGUGAGAAUGAGAUUGAAAUUCUUUCACAUCAGUCGACUGUGAGGUUCUGGUCAGAGCAUGGACGGGUGUGGCCACACCGAUAACAUCGACCAAUAAGGCUACAGUGCACUGAGAACACAGAAGAAGAAAAAGAUGCCAUCUGGAUUUUAUUUUUUUUUUCUUCCUGAUUUUAUUCUUCAACCUUUACUUUUCCUUCUGUAUACAAUACUCUUGGACAAAGUCUCUAUAUUAGGUCAGGAAAGAGACUCGGACAAAGAAUCCAGCUACAAUUAUUUGUGUUUAAACUGUUGAGAUUCCAGAAUACUCGGCUGCAUGGUUGGCAUAUUGUGCACUCUGUAUAUGUGACAUUUCUAAACGGUGUCAUACAGCGCUUGUGCUUUCCAUUCACAGCGUCACGUCCUGUUUACCAGCACUCCCUCACUCUUAGUCAGACUCACUGUGGUUCUGGUUUGGUUUAAUUCUUCGAAGGCAGAGUGGAAACUGGAAUGGGUCUGGAAUUAAUCCAUGAAAUGAAAACAGAUCAGCACCGUCACCCUCUGUCUCUCACUUCCUCCUUCAGAUCUCCUGCUGUUUUCUCUUAUUGUUUACACGAAGCCAAAACUAAGGUCUGGAGAAGAAGAAGUAGAAGGAAAAAAAAGUAAUUUCCUUUAGUGCAGAGAGAGGGUGAGAAGGAAAUGUCCAAAAAUAAAAUGAUGGUGCAUGUCUUUUGUCCCUGGUCAGGAUAGAAGCUGUAAAUUCAAGACGAGAGUCUCCACUGUGUCCCAUGUCAUGACUGGUGUAGGUGCAUGCGCACAAGCAAACGCAUCGGAAAAGCUUGAACGAAUGGAAAGCACUGCUCAUGAAUUCAGAGGUAAUAAUGUGGAGGAAAGAGCUGCUUCACACACACACACACACACACUUCCUGCCUCAUAAGACUGAACCUCCACCUUCACGUUUUCGUCUCUCAACCCUUGUUUUUUUUUUAUUUUAUUUUAUUUUUUAAGUCUGUGUUCGUCUCUCAAUCCCAGGCUCACUUCUCGACCAGCCAGCUCUUUGCUCCGCCCCCUUUAGGUUUUGUUUUGUUUCUUUCCUUUUGUCUUUUUUUAUGUUUAAUGUUAAUUUCUGUUGAAUACAAAAAUACUAAAGUGCAACAACAAUGAUUAAAAAAAGAAUAUCAACCAAACUGAGAUGAAUAAAUAUAUAUAAAUAAAGAAAUAAUUUAAAAAA